ACCCGGAAGGUCGGUAACAUUUCUUCCUCUCGAAAGUAAAGAAGUCCCGCCUUCUUUGCGCGCGGGCUCCCGCGACGUGCGCGACCUUCUCCGCGAGCACGCGCGGGACCAGCAACACUUCACAGCCGAUCACAUGACGUGACAAAGCAGCGAGCUACUUCCGGUGUAGACCGCCGCUAGCCAGACUGCUCGCGUACGGACCAGCUCGCCAUCCAAGAUGCUGGCCCUCAUCAACAGGCUCCUGGACUGGUUCAGGACCAUCUUCUGGAAGGAGGAGAUGGAGCUCACGCUGGUGGGGCUGCAGUACUCCGGAAAAACCACAUUCGUCAACGUGAUUGCAUCUGGCCAGUUCAGUGAAGACAUGAUUCCCACGGUGGGUUUCAACAUGCGGAAGGUGACUAAAGGCAAUGUGACAAUAAAGAUAUGGGACAUAGGGGGACAGCCUCGCUUCAGAAGCAUGUGGGAGCGCUACUGUAGAGGAGUCAACGCGAUUGUUUACAUGGUGGAUGCGGCGGACCGAGAGAAGAUAGAAGCUUCCAGAAUUGAACUGCACAACCUUUUAGACAAACCACAGCUACAAGGAAUUCCAGUUCUAGUACUGGGCAACAAACGAGACCUACCCAACGCGCUUGAUGAGAAGCAGCUCAUUGAAAAAAUGAACCUAUCUGGCAUUCAGGACCGAGAGAUCUGCUGCUACUCUGUUUCCUGCAAAGAGAAAGACAAUAUAGAUAUCACGCUGCAGUGGCUCAUCCAGCAUUCAAAGUCACGGAGAAGCUGAAAAAGAAGGCGUCCCAGUCGCAGCCGUGGCCUGAGCCCCCUAAUGGUCACGGGACCCCGACAGCCAUCUUAUUCCAGCUAUCUGCUCACUACCGUCACCACCCAGUACACUACCAUAGAUGCCCCCUGUACAGCACUACCGCCACCACUACUCCCCAGAGUCUGCGAGCGUUGUGUCAGUACUGCGCGGUGGACGUUCACACCCAUCAUGCCUUAUCGCUGAACAUCUGUCCCCUUCGACACAAGAAUCUAAUGAUGCUGCAGCGUCCUGGCUACACUGAGACGCACCUAAUCCCACACGCGGACAACAGUUCUGUUGCUGGUGUUUACGUGAACGGUUGCCAUUGUAGUUAUUUGCCAAAUGACGACAGCAGCUCGUAUUGAUGCGGCCCGAUCCCGCCUUUCCUAUCGCUCGUAUUAAGUGACGUUUACACAUAACGUAAAGACAAAACUCGGUGUUUGUUUUGUCCAAAGCAAAAUCCUAAAACGGGUCAAUGGAGUUUAAAGUGCCUUCGAGGAAGGAAUUGCUCUAAUCAGACACUUUAACCCGAUAUCCUAAAGGAACAGCAGCAGCGUGACGUGAACACGCCGUCUCAUUUAGUAUUCCCACUAACGCACUGCGAUGUCUGAGACGAGGCCGUACUGUCGACCGUGUACCUUCCACUUGUUUUGGAAGGUGGGUUAUUGUGGUAAUGCUGCCCCCCCCCUGCAGCCUGCGCCGCUCUAAUGUGGCUCCAGACUGAUGGAUGUUUCAGGAAGCGUUCUGAGCACAGCGAUGUACCCAAAGCAUCCGUUGGAUGAUUCCUGUGACCUCUGGGUUGGAUAACACAAAGUCCGGAGAACAGAAGACAAUCUGUUAGUUUAACGCGUCGGACGCUUCAUGUCUUACUCGUCUGCAGCCUCGUGUCUUUUUGUAGAAGCCUUAGCAGCACUCAAGACGCCGUUCAUCAAUUGACGUGUAACCUGUCAGCCACAGGACUUCUUCCGCAUACCGACACUGUAAAUCGAUCUGCCCUUUGCUCCGCUUGUUCAGCUCCAUCCAUUUAUAAGUAUUUUCUUCAUGUGUGAGCGUUGCUGAUGAUGCACGCAGUGCUCUACGUGGCUUCUGCCUUUCACUGUCAUUCUUUCUGCACACACAUACGAGUUGUUGGGCGUCCGUCGGUGAUCGUAGGGAUACGAAAUGACGACCGUUGGUGACUGUGGGUCAUUUAGGGGAAAGCUUUUGUUACCUGUGUAAUAAUAUAAUAGAAUAUAGCCAUUUGCAUGUGCAGAACUUUGUAAAUAAGAUUCAGCAUUUUUAUUCCAACAAAUGCCUGUCAUGCCUUUCUUUUUCUCCUCCUGUGAUUGCUAAUAAAUUUGGUUUUAUUUUUAAGGUG